CCGCUUCCGCUGGGGACACGGCGCGGCGGAGGGGACAAACCGCGUUUGUGACGCCGAUUGGCCGGCCGCCCCGCCACCUCUGACCCCCCCCCUCCCCGGCAACAUGGCGGCGCCCGGAGGGUCGGGACGGUUACCUCAAGGUGUCAGCUCCUGAUUUCAUUAGGUCAUCAUCGGUCGGAACCCUGCCUGACCCAGGGAAGGAGGGGAGCCGCCUGAGAGGAGCCGCCUUGAGGGUCUCUGGGCGGCCGGCGAGGAGGGCUGCUUCCCGGCAUGUGGCGAGGGAGUCUCGGGCGGCUGCUUAGCAAAAGGGCCUUCGCGCCCCUUCGCCCCACGCCCCGUCCGGAGGCUUCCCUCGCGGCCUUCAGGAGGCCUUACGGGGCCCAGGCAGAAAGGAAAAGAUUUUACCAAAAUGUUAGCAUCUCCCAAGGAGAAAGUGGCUUUGAAAUCAACUUGGACAGCCGGAAGCUGAGAACUCCGCAAGCUAAGCUCUUCACAGUACCCAGUGAGCCUCUGGCUUUGGCUGUGGCAACUGAGUGGGAUUCCCAGCAGGACACUAUCAAGUUCUAUACUAUGCAUCUGACCAACUUGUGCAACACAGCUUUGGACAAUCCAUCACAGCGAAGCAAAGAUCAGUUCAUCCAGGCAGCUCUGAAAUUCUUGGAGACAGAUACUAUCUGUUACCGGGUAGAGGAGCCACCAGCCUUGGUAGAACUGCAGAAGAAUGAAUGGGAUCCAGUAAUUGAAUGGGCUGAGAAAAGAUACAAUGUGGCGAUUGGCUCUUCAACAAGUUUCAUGGGUCCUACCCUCCCACAAAGCACAAAGGACACCUUCAUUAGCCACCUCGCUUCAUACAACAGCUGGGCCCUCCAAGGCAUAGAAUAUAUGAUAACACAGCUGAAGUCUCUGAUUCUAGCAAUGAGCCUCGUUGACAAACAUUUAACAGUUGAACAGGCUGUUGUUCUAUCUCGACUGGAGGAAGAGUAUCAGAUUCAGCACUGGGGGAAUGUGGAGUGGGCCCAUGACUACGAAAGAUAUGACUUACGGGCCCGCACAGCCGCUGCCACCCUAUUUGUCCAUCUUUGCUUAGAAAAUUCGACCAUCAAGCACAAGCUGCUUCAGCACUGAGGAACUGGGAUGCAGAAGAAUGUGGAGAGUUUCAGUCUGGAUGAAUCUGAAGAAGAUCCAGAUGGAAUGGAUGAUGGAGAGGGGCUGUGGGCAUGGCUGGGCCACAGAGUAGGAGAUGGGACUCUUCUCUUCUAUGCCCUUGGAGGCUGAUUCUCCCUGGAAGUUUUGGGAGUGGCUUCCUAUCCAUCUCACCUGGGCUGGUCACUUCUGACGAGAUUUCCUUGUUUCCCAGGUUCUGCAUUUUGCCUGGCAGGUAGACAGAUUUCAGGAGCAGAGUGUUGGAAUGCUAUGUGAGCCGGCCAUAAAGGGUGGAAGGCUGCCCUGCUAGAGCCGGUUAGAGGUGGGAAUAUAUCGCAGCAAUUGAGCAUCUCUAUACUCUAGCUAGAGUCCCCAACAUAAGACACAGGGGUUCCAGCAUGCCACCAAUAUCCCCUUUGUGACCAUAAAGAUCCUACUUCCCCCCCCCCCCAAUUAAAUUUAAAAGGGAUCAUAUUGCAAACCAAAAUGCCAGGAUCCUCUGCCACCUUUAUUUUAAAGAACCCAAAUUGGCGCCUUAAACUUUUGUUAGAAAAUUAAAAAAUGGUGAAUACAACCGAGUACUUUGUUUGGAAGUAUGCUUUGAAGACGGACAAAAAUAAAGUGAUACAUUUUGUUCUUUUUAAAAGAAAA